CUUUCGCCAACAAAUCUCCACAGGGCUGGAUAAAUUGUGGCGCCAACAUUAUCAGGUUUGUGAACAACAAACAGCUGUUGCACGUCAGCUGACUUGACGUUAUGCCUCCGAAAGGGUCUCUCCUUGCUGCUCAAAACGGCGGCUCAGCUCACAAGGAACCUUCCAGCUUCUGGUCGUCAUGGCGGGAAACGCUGGUGGUGUCGGCGUCGUUCAUGUCGGCGUACACUGCUUACCUAGCUCUACAGAGUCUGCAGAGCAGUCUGAACCAGGAACAAGGCCUGGGAGUAGUGUCGCUGGCAUGUCUGUACGGGACAAUCAUCCUAUCUGGUAUACUCACACCGCCUUUUAUAAGGCUGGUGGGACCCAAGUGGACCCUAGUGGUGGCGUGGGUGUGCCACAGUGUGUACACAGCCAGCAACUUCUACCCCACAUGGGCAACCCUUAUCCCUGCGUCAGUCGUGCUUGGGGCCAUAGCCGGGCCAAUGUGGACGGCCCAGGGAUUAUACAUCACCACCAACGGAGAACGCAUUUCCAAAACAACUGGACAGAAACUCCACAGCAUCUUGUCCAAACUUAACGGUGCCUUCUUCAUGUGUUACGAAUCUACUCAAAUCACGGGCAACCUGAUCUCUUCUCUUGUUCUCAAGCAAGGUUCCUACGCAGACACCAAUACAACAACAUGGUGUGGCGCAGACAACUGCCCAACUGCCGGCAAUGGUACAGAGAUAGCGGAACCAGAACCGCAAAUUGUGAACAUUCUGUUGGGAGUCUUCCUGGUGUGUGAUCUUAUCGGGUUGGCUCUGACGGUGUGUCUCUUGCCUCCUCUCCAUAACACCCAACCCGAGGGAAAGAGCAUAGAACAGCCAGGGUUAGGGGAGACGCUCGUGUCCUGGUGCACAGCUCUCUCCGACCCUAAACUCAUCUGCCUUGUUCCUUUCUUCUUGUCCUGUGCCAUGAGUCAAGGGAUUUUAUUUGCAGAUUUUACAAAGGCCUUCAUCAGUUGUUCUCUUGGCGUCUCAAUGGUUGGUUUCAUCAUGGCAGCACACGGCGCCAUCACGUCAGUCAUUGCUAUCAUAUCCAGUCAGAUUGCCAGAUACACGGGACGAUAUGGGCUGUUUGCUAUUGCAUUCACGUGUAAUAUAUCUAUGGUGCUGACACUGCUUCUGUGGAAACCGCAAAGUGACAACAUCGCACCUUUCUUCGCCAUUCCCAUAAUAUGGGGAGUAGCGGUUGGAAUAUUCCAUGCCCAGUUUAACUCUCUGGUUGGCAUGCUUUUCCCUGAGAAGAAACCAUCAGCGUUCGCCAACUAUCACACGUGGAACGCCAUCGGUUAUACCAUAACUUUCGCCUACGGAGGUGUGUUGUGUGUGCGCACAAAGCUGUAUGUGUGUCUUGGAGCGGUUGUUUUUGGCAUUCUGGGAUACACAGGAGCGGAAAUACUCUAUAGAAGACAAACACGAGCACAUCACGAGGACGUGGCAAAUGAGGAUGCAACAUUUUUAGGUCUUCAGAAAAAACCAAGGUGACCUGACUCGAGGUUAUGGAAAAACAAUGCCAAAUCAAAGACACAUAAUUAAAUUCUUCUUAUGUUCA